AUGGAAGACGUCGCCAGACUCUUCCUCGACGAGGACUACGGUCGCGGUCGUCCGCGCAUCGAGCGCGUCGAGGAGAAAGAAGAGAAUGUCGAGACACCCAGCGGGACACGCAAUCGAACGAAUCAGCCCCGAAAGGGUCUCGCGCACGCCGACGCCGCGUCGCCGAACACGUUCAAGGGGUUCUUAACAUCGCUCUGGGACGCAUUGCUCGCGGAGGACGGGGACGAGUGGGCAGACGAGCGCAGAGGGAGAGGAGGGACGCCGAGCGGUGCGCGAGCCAUGGCGAACGUCGAGCGCGGCGUCGAGCAAGAGAUGGAAGUCGUUUUGCGAGCUGAUGCAAUCGUGAGUCCGAUGAGUGGUCGAGGAGAGUGCGAGACACCGUCCCCGCUCGGACGCACGAUGAGCGGGGGAUCGAGUGGGACGUCGUGGGCGCGACGCGGGAGAAAAUCCGGCGGAUACUUUUUUGGCGAAGAAGACGAAGACGCGCUGGUGAUGAAUCAAGUCGAGAACAAUUCCGAUAACGAGAUCGAGUCGAGCGUUCUACCGAAUGUUUACCCGGGAAAACCGGCGGAGUUGGCGGGCGAGGGCAAGGUGGACGCACGCGCGGCGGAGAUGCAGCGACUGUGGGGAACGGCGGAGGCAUUCAAGAGCGCGGACGAAUGUCGGCAAGUCUUGCGAUCGCUCGAGGAGGCCGGGGUGAUUCUGGACGCGAUGGACGAGCGCUUGGCGCGGUGGGUGGUGAAGACCAAGGUUCGCGCCGAGGAUGGGGAGUUUUUAGGAGCGGAUGAUUUAUUGGAGUUUUGGAGACGACGAGCGACGGACCUAUGCGAGGCGCUUUUACAGGCGUUGUUGAGAGCUGGAGGACGAUUCGAGAGCUGUUCAACGACACCCAAGCAUCGAGAGUCGCUCGUGGUCACGGUGGAGGGGUACGUCAUGGGUACGAUUCAGCGUAAGAUCCUGGAUGAGGGAAUAUGUCCCACCUUUCGUGACGAAGAGGCGCUCGUCGCACGACGCUUCGAGGAGUUGGCGCCUCUGUCGAUCGACGCUCUCGGCUUGGAUACCGCGCGAUACGGCAAUGUCGUGAGCGAUAAUGAGCUCAUCGACUCGAUCGCAACGAUGAGCGGGCUCUCGUGCCCGGCACACGUCGCGAUUCGAAUGGCGUCCGUGACGUCUCGUGCGUUACGACUCGGCGGAAGCGACGACGAACCCAUGAGCGCCGACGACUUGCUCCUCGUCCUCGUCGCUCUGAUCGCUCGUGCGAAGACUCCGCAAAUAUUUUCUCUGGUGAAGUACGUCGAGACGUUCCAUGCUUUGCUUUCGAACGCGCACAAGGGUGAGCAAGGCUUUGCGCUCACUCACUUCGUCGCCGCCGUGCACUUCGCAAAGAGUGAGGAAGCGUCUCGCUUGUCUUGUUAG